UUUAAAAAUUGUUUUGGUCUUUCUAUGUAACAUGUUUUCAUUUCCAUUUCAUUAGAGAUUAAUGUCUUCGGGAACAACAGCAAACAGAUCACGUCUCGGUGAUUUUAAACAACAGUUGGCGUAGGUACAUAUUGUGUCCCCGGCUUUUAAGCGACAAUGACUACUACAACAUACUACUUAAUUUGAAACAUCAACCAUUAUUCGCGUCUUAUACAGACUUAAGACUGAUGUGACUAAAGGCUUUAAGACUAUACAGUCUCUAUGGCUUGGUGGUGGAUGCGCAUACUUACUAAACUUGAUUACGGACAAAUAGAUUCAAUAGCGACGGUGCCUCGUAAUGUUUGAUCGAUAAAGCAGCGACUAGGUCGCAAUACACAUCGUCCACCGUGACCAGAACAGUCUUAAUACGUCGAAGUUUACGUACACAGCAGUAUAAUAUAAUGUUGGACACGUCGGCGACCACGUCUACAAUCACGACUACGACUGCAACGACAACCACUUCGGUUGUCGCAUCGUCGUCGGCACAACCAAAUGCUCCCAUCGCCACCGGAGUAGGUUCGCAAACGGCCGCCACAGCAUUGUCCUCGGCGACGUCAAAUUGCACGGCCGCAGCCAUUGCUGACGCUUUCGACAUAUUCGAUCAUAGUGGCAACAGGACCAUUGAUGUACGGGAACUGGGCACAGUACUGCGUUACUUAGGUUACGUACCUUCGCAAGCCGACCUGAGAGAACUUGCUGUAAACGUUGAAGAUCACGAAGCGACCGGAACCGUACAUCUGGCGGCAUUUUUACCAUAUGUCGAAAACGCUAUCAGUGAAUACAAAUAUCAGCCGGCGUCAGCGUCUGAACUGCUUAGCGCGUUUCGGGCCUUGGAUCCAGACCGGACCGGCACCGUAAGCCGCGAGUGCAUGGAGUCGGCGCUCCGUCACGAUGGAGAACCAUUCGAAGACGAAGAACUAGAGGAAAUGAUGUCUGCAGCCACCAUCGAAACGGCUGCAGGUGGCACCGUCAUACCAUACGAGCUCUACAUCAAUAAAAUCUUGGUGACAAAAUGGGACACAGAACAGUAUAGCAGUAAUACAAUGACUAUUACAACCACUAACUCAAAAAUAUCCAACAGAAAUUAAUUCAUAAUAUUGAGCUUCGUACCUAUUUUCUACGUUAAAUAAAAAUAUUAUUAACAAGUAAUUCUUAGAUUUAUUUAUUAGUGUAAACUAAUGUAUGGUAAUUAUGUUAAAUAUCUACCUAUAAUAAUCGUGAAUAACAAGGCACCCACAAUAUAAUUUAAUAUUUAAAUAAAAGUGUACAUAAUUGACA